GUGAGAAGGUAUUGGCAACAGUGGCCGCGUUCAACAGACGUAAAGGGAACGGGAGGCAGCAACAGGUGUCAUAUAUACUCCACUAUGUCUCGUCCUCAUCACGACCCCGGGGAAGUUAAAUACGUGUAUGAUCUACCUUAUACGGCGAGGAAGAAGUUAUGUACUAUACUCGAUUCAAAUAAUGACUGGGAGAGGCUGGGUGGUGAGCACAUGGGUUUUAAGUGGUGUGACAUUGAAGAAUUUCGACGUGCAGAACGCUGUGGAGAGUCUCCAGCGAAUCGUCUUCUGCAAGCAUGGGGUCAAAGGAAUCACACAGUCUCUGAACUCUUCUAUUUUCUGUAUAAAAUGGACCAUUUUCAGGCAAUGAGAGCAAUCAUGUCUUGUGUACCAAGAAGGUUUCACAAUCUGUUGACCUCAGCAAAUGGAUACACCACAAAAUUGUUGCUUGCCAAAAAACCUGCUGCAGGUAUAGUAGUUGAGAGGGAGUCACAAGAGCCUGUGAGAGCUGUUCAACCCACCAUUGAAACUGUUCAUAGUUCUGUACUGGAAUAUUCAUCAGCUACCACCCAAAGUACGUCCUUGCUAGAUACUGUAUCAAGUAUAAAUCAUAAUGACUCUGUCGUGGAAGCAUCAGUGACUCCCAGCAAGAAUAACUCAAACCGACAACCAGUACCCGUUCAGGCAGGAAGACAACAGGUCAUGUCACAGAGGGAAGAUGCACCUGUGAGUACUGAGGGUGCCUGUGCUCUCAUUCCUUCACACAACUACAACUCUCACAACUUCAACCAAAGUGCCAACCAUGUUAACUCCUACCCAGCAUCUCCAAAGGUUCCUGUGAUGCUCCUGUGUCCAACAACACAAGCAACUGGAAGCAGUAGACCUCCAUCGACAGAUGUGAAACAGCCUGGACUUGUGAAACAGCCUGGACUAGCAUCUGACUGUACUAGUAAACUGGUGAAGAAGCUCAACAACAAUGAAGUUUAUGGGAUGUAUGGUCAAGUGUCUUGUGAGGACAAUAAUCCAGAGGAAUUGGUCACUAAACACAAAGUUCCUUCAUAUGAUCCUGACAAAAGCUAUUUAGCCAGGGUGGAGGAAAAGAGGGCCAAAGAGGCAGCGAGAGCCAAGGAAGGUGCAAGGUCAUCUAACACUUCAGGAAGAGCUUCACUUACAGACCCACCAGUGACAGUUCAUCCUCACCAGAAUCCACAGAGACCUCCCUCAGAGCUUACUACUGCUGAAAGACAACGCCGAAUCUCUAAUGCCUCAGACUCAUCAAACCACAGUACCAGUGUGCCAGUGAUCCCGUAUAAAGAACUGGAGGAGGCCACAGCUCUCUGGAGUCCAGAUCAUCUCCUUGGUCGGGGAGGUUUUGGUUCUGUGUUUAAAGGUACUUGGAAAAACACAGAAGUUGCUGUUAAAAAGAUUGAACCUCAUGGCAAUGCUUCAUUUGACAAUGCUCGACUGCACAUAACUCAGAGUCUGGAGGAAUUAAAGCUGCUCCAGUCAUACCGCCAUGACAAUAUUCUUCAGGUUUAUGGCUAUUCUACAGACCAUGAAAUGUCCCCAUGUCUGGUGUAUCAGUUUAUGCCUAAUGGAUCUGUAGAGGACAGACUUCAAGGCAGGAAAAUUGAAGCUUUUGGUGAGGGGCAGCCAUUAGGAGCUGCCGUACGACUUAAUUGGCUGAAGCGUUUUAGAAUAGCAACUGGCACAGCACGAGCCUUGCAGUUCUUGCAUACAGUGAAGGAGAAGCCACUUAUCCACGGGGAUGUUAAAAGUGCCAAUAUAUUGUUGGAUCAAAACUAUGAACCCAAGUUGGGUGACUUUGGUCUGGCCAGAGAAGGCAAGAGUCAAUCAACAAGCAUGAAGGUAUCAAGAGUACACGGAACCAAGCCUUACCUUCCUGAUGAUUACUUAAGAUCAAAAAAACUCUCGGUAAAAGUGGAUACAUACAGCUAUGGCAUUGUUCUUUUUGAGUUGUGUACAGGACUGAGGGCUUAUGAUGAGAAGCGAAAAGAAGGAAAGUUUUUGAAGGAGCUGGUGGAACUGACCACCAACGAGGAGUUACUCAGAGACAAGAAUAUCGGAGUCAGCUACGAAAGCCAGGUCUUCAAUUUUCUUUUUCAGCUUGGAAAGGAUUGCGUGAAGAAUUUGUCAACACAACGUCCAGACAUGACUAAAGUUUUCAAGGAACUCGAUAAUUAUGGUCUCGUCUUGGAAGAGAGAGCCCGUGCUAGAAGAAUCUCCCAGGGUGAAACAAGCUCAGUGUCCUCGUCACCACACAUGCUUCAGAUGUGCUACGACACUGCUGGAUCCCUUCAUUCACCAUCACCCUCCACCCAGCCUUCUCUUCCUCAUUUCUUCCAUCCUUCUUCAUCUCCCUCAGCUGCUUCCAUGAUUCCAGUUUACCAGUCUCCCCCUUCCUCUGUCUCUCCACGCUCGCCUGGCCCAAAUUCACCUGUUCCGCCACAUUACUCCCCACACCCGUUAAUGCAUGCAAAUGUUCCCAGGUUAGUUGCCAAUGGGUCAGUUGCGUAUCACCCACGAAUGUUCCACUAUGGAGGAGCAAUGGCAUGGAAACAGGGACAUGGAGGUAAUGUGGUUUAUGGAAUGGGUCCCCAGCCUAACGGUCCACAGUUUCAUUUGCCUCAAAUAAAUGUCAGCCCAGCCAUUGUUAAUGGUGCUGAAAGUGGAGAUCCACCCAGCUAUAGUGAGACCAUGUCCCAGGGUCCUGAAGGUGCAGUAGGUGGUAUGGGUAACGUAUCUCCUAUGUUACCACAGCUCUCAGGACUCUGCAUCAAUAGUAGUCAUACUAAUCGUAGUAGUAAUGACUCGGAUUACUCAGAUAGUGAUUUUAGCGGUUCAGAAUCCAGCUUAAUGGCCAACACCACUAAGAACAUUGGUCCAGAGAAUGGUUCACACUCAUUACAUCAAGGGGCAGCAGCAGGUGCUGGUUUACCCACAGUCAUACCAACAAUGGUUCUCCAACAUCAAGCUAACUUUGCUACGCCUUUACUGACAGAAUUGGGUACAAAGUCAAAAUCUGAAUUAUCUUCCCUAUCAGUGUCUAAUCACUCCAGCCAGCCCACUGCUGUAAAGAAAAAGUGUCCAUUGUUUGGGUAACUUAAUUUGUCUAUACUGUACUUAGGAUACAGUAUCAUACUGCAUAUGAGGCAGAGCAGAUGAGAACAAGACAAGUGACAAAGCUGCUUGAGUGUGUUUAUUAUACCUUAAUAAUCAUCUACAAACUUCCUGCUUUUAAACACAAGACUAAGAACUCUCAAGUCACUCUGUCACUUGUCUUUGUUCUUGGGACCAAGCAGUGUGCAGAUUGUUAAAAGUUAUACAGUACUAUACUUUUGAGUGUUGUGGAACCCUGAUUGUGGUUUUGCAUAAAAGAUAGCUUUUAAUAGUAUAGUAUUUACAAGUAAUGAAUAUAAAAAUACUCAAAUUAUUGCGAGGAUAUAUAUACAUAUAUAUAUUAGAUUUAAAAGAUAGCAAUAACAUGUUUUGUUAUUAGAUAUGAGCUUACAGGUAUGUGCAUAUUACCAUUAAGCAUGUAGUAGCUGCUCUCUCCAACUUUGCAACCCCCAAAAUUAAUUAAUAUCAGUAAACACAAAAGAAAGUUCACAGUGGACCAACUUAUAAACUCACACUUGAAUCCAGGCCCAAGGUUGCUAGAUAAGACAGGGUCAGACUAUAUAUAUAUGCAGAAUAUUAUAAUACUUUUUACAGUAGCCUUGGGUUAUUUAAAAAAAAAUUGCUGUUACCAAAAUUACUACUAUCUUGGGCUUUUUUUUUUUUUAAGAAAAACCUAUAACAUAUUCACUUCCCACAUUCAUAUUGUAAUAAUUAUCAUAUUUUCAUCUUUAUAUAUUACUGGUAAAUAGCUUUGUAAAUAUGUUUUAUUUACUUUUUGUUCAUUCUCUUUGUGUUUUUGUUCUUUUCUUUCCUUGUCAGUAAUAACAUCAGUCUUUAAUGCCAAUUUGUCAAUCUUUUUAUGUUCUUUCCUCAAUUUUUAAUAACUUAACUCAGUACUUUAUGAUGAGUGGGGGGGGGGUUAUUGUAGGAGACCAGGCUGUGAGGGAGAGGGUGCUGAGGGUAAUGAGUGGAAGGUUGUGGGAGUUUGAACAGAAAGGAGGGAAGGUGAGGAUGGUGCAGAGAAGAGACAUGUUAAGUUAUUUCUUCAGUACUAUGGUAGAAAAGAUAUCUCAUUACAGUAUUUUAAAGACAUACAUAUGAAAGGCUUUCUUCUCAAAUUUAGGCUGGGGAAGGGCCUUUGUUAAACACACAGUGGGACAAGUUUCAUGCUGAAGUUAAAUGAGACACACAACUUUCACUAACAGUUGUCAAUGUCCUGACAAUGGGCAGGUUCUCUGUCUGAUCAAAAUCUGUCACCAAAAUCUCUGUAGAAUCUUUCUCCCUCUCCAUGUACAAUCUAUUUUAUGUAGUACUUACAGUAUAGAGCUGGUCUAAGGUUUGUGUAUGUGUGUGAGAGGUACUAACCCCUCCUACAAAGCUUGCAAUUGGCUAGUGUUACCCGACUGAUUCUGUGACUGUUCAUUGUGUUGCUUUAUUCCCCCCCCCCCGGAGUCAAAAUUUCACACACUCCAUACAUUCCCACUCUAACUUUCAAUGUAAAAACAUGUUUCUUUAGAAUAUACAUUCACAAAUAUCUACAGUUUAUAACCAUGAUUGUAGAUUUUGUCUCGGAAGCACUCGACGUGACUUGACAUUGCAGGAGCAAAUGGAGUAUUAAGAUGAUCCCAUGAAGCUUUGUAGUAUACAGUACAGUAGUGGGCGGAGCAGUAAGUAGCCAAGCGCUCCCUCACUCAGUGUUGCAUUGUCCAUUGUUAUAUGUGGGACUACACUGCUCUCUUCUUGUAGUGUGUGAAUAUGCCAUUACUUUUGAAUAGUGCACUGUCCUCUAAGUGACCUAGUACUUCUACUAAUACCUCUAUUUAUCCAUUGACAAAGUGAACCUACAUACACAUUUAAUGUCAUCUGGAUAUUGUCAAAAGUUUCCUGAGUAAAUUCAAAAUUGUUCAAUCUGGCAGGUACUGUUGGUGGUGAGUGAUAUAACCAAUGUAGGAGUGUAAAAACAUACAAAUCAUUGCUGUGAAUAUGUACAAAAAUAUUUUUGAAUAUGUAUGAUAACUGUGUCAAUUUGUUGUACAGUAGGGACAAAAGUUCGUUUGAAGCAGUGACACUGACGGGAAUAAAUCUCCGAACUUACGUACCCUGACUGUUAUCUGAUGCGUGUGUACUGUUUUAUCUUAUGGGGUCAAUGCUGCUUCACAUGAACUUUUAACUGUACAGUACAACUAAUAUAGUAUAGUACUAACUAGUUCUAAGAAAGUAAGAUUCUGUUAUGACAAACAUUACCGUCAACAGAGAGAUAAUUGUUUACUACAUGAAGGAAAUAUAAUGUCACAAUAUUUUA